CCGGAUAUAUCCACGCUAGAUAUAUAGCCCUUGUUUUCCGUCCCUCAGUUCGUCUUUCCCUCCUCCUGUCGAUCGGGGCCACCUUUCUCACUCUUUUCUUCUCUUUCUUCUUCCUUCUUUCACUCCUUUUUUUCGUAGAUUUUCACUCUUUUAUUGCGUCGGGAACGCACAUGUCUCUGAAAGCUGAACUCGAAACCUGGGCCGCGGCGCUCAAAGCUUACGAUGAAGAGGAUUUCGAAAAGUCCCUUGAUUUGUUCUCUCGGAUCGGUGAUUCGUCCAAGAUCCAGACGAAUAUGGGUUUGAUAUAUGCGACCCUUGGGGAGCACGAAGCGGCCGUUGAACGGUUCAAUGAGGCUACCUCGAUGGAUGGUUAUCUUGCUGUGGCGUACUUUCAAUGCGGCGUGUCCAACUUCCUUCUCACUCGGUAUGAUCUCGCAUACAAGGACUUUGAAGAGGCCCUGUUGUAUCUGAGGGGAAACCAGGCGAUCAACUAUGAACAGCUGGGGCUCAAUUUCCGCCUCUACUCUGCUGAAGUCCUCUUCAACAAGGGUCUGUCGCAGAUCUAUAUGGGCCGUUUGGAUCCUGGGUUGGUGGAUAUGCGAGAGGCGAGUCGUGACAAAGCGACUGACGAACAUAGUGUCAUUGACGAUGCAAUCCGGGACCGUGGUGAUGGGUACACCGUCUUCAGCAUCCCGGUUGGGGUCCUGUAUCGUCCGUCCGAGAAGAAACUGAAGAACGCGAUCACCAAAGACUACAUGGGUAAAGCGAAACUGAUCGCAGCUAGCGACCCCGGUGAUGCCUAUACCACAUUCACCGGCGUGACAUUACUCAAGCAGGGCAUAUCGCCAUCUGGUGUCUAUCUCUCUCGUACAAACACACGGAGUCCUGAGUCCGAGCCAUCUCUGAAUCGCAGUUUCACAGCUCCACCUACCGUAUCACUCCUACCCAAACCUGACGACGAACCGCGAGCUACCUUGACACGAUCAAAGACUACGCUCAAUGUUCAAUCAACUGCGCGAGAACUGUCGUCCUCCGCUCCAAGCUCUGCUCCGCCCAUAGUCCGAAGCAACACCGCCAUCGUUGCCAGUCGACCAUCGCCCAACGCAGGUAUCGGUGCAAUUGGCACUCCCGUACGUGGCCUCAGUGUACGCAAGCCAGGUAUUUCAUCCAGUCCUGCAUCGCCGUCACCUCCUCCAGAACCACCGGCCAAAGUUACUUCCCCCUCUCAGUCUCAGGGACCUCGGCUAACGGAACUUUACGACGGCUACCUAGAUGCCUACACCUCCGAGCCCCCCGCCCCGCUACCAUCCAUGCCACCCGAUCGUGUUGCUGCAUGGGCUAGCAAGAACGCCAAUCCCAAUUACCCUCCGGUCAUUGCCCGCUCUGCCUCGCGGAGUGCCCCCGCGAGUAAUUACGCGCCUAGCUCAUUCGGUGGGGGGACCAUGCGUAGGAAACUCACUAGACGUGGUACAGCCCGGCAGAUGGUCAGCCGAGCACCGAGUUCGUACGAGGAAGAGGAGGAAGGGUAUGGGAGUGGGGAGUAUGAAGAUGGACCGUUCGAGCUGGUCAAGAUCAGGGUCAAGCUUCACUACGAUGACGAAGUCCGCGGUAUGGCUUUAUCGCCAGAGACAUCGUUUGACGAGUUCAUGGACAAGAUCACUGUCAAGUUUGGUAAAGCCUUGAAUAUGAAGUUCAAGGACGAGGACGGCAGCAAGGUGACAAUGAGAGACGAGAGCGAUUAUGAACUCGCUAUCGAGACGGCGAGGGAGAGUUCGAAAGGGAAACCAGAAGGAAAGCUGGAGAUUUGGUGUACCGAUCGUUGAUGGGUAUAAUAUAUGAGGUUUGGAGGUUAACCAAAUAUUAAUCCUUGGAUCAGGGUGUACAGCCAGGUACUUUACAUUCCUGCAUCUUUAUAGUUUCACGCAUACCUACUAGUCAACUUGCUUAUUUUCGGUGCCCCUUUUGGCGUCGUAGUCUAUAGUUUGGUUCAUAUACGGAGUUUGUAACAAGAGUGUAUACCAGCUGCUUUUCCGGAUUUGUUCAU